CUGAGGUGUGCAAGCAAGAAUGACUAUAUAGACAACAGAUAUACUUUUUAGAGGGACGAGGGAGUUGAUGAGAAGAAGCAGAUUGUUAAAGAACAAGUGAAACUUGGAUAUUGACUACAGCUGAAUAUGGGUGAGUCCAGUAUCUGCCAGGUGAGGGCGACAGUCAUGCUGUAUGAUGACACCAACAAGCGUUGGGUGCCGGCAGGAUCUGAUACUCCUUCCUUCAGCCGUGUCCAAAUCUAUCACAACCCUGGGGCAAACACCUUCAGAGUGGUGGGCCGCAAACUACAGGCUGACCAGCAG